CUGGCGGUGUCAACCUCAGUCUGCCGGCGGCCAUCAUAGUGAGCGGACGUCAUGACAGCCAAACUAGUUUGUUUACUUGCGCUGGCCUGGGUUUGCGCGGCCCAGCGGAAUCAAUACAAGGUCCCAGAGGCGAAGCUGGAAGCCAUCUACCCCAGAGGCUUGAGGGUAUCCAUUCCAGAUGACGGCUUCUCCCUCGUCGCUUUCCAUGGCAAGCUCAACGAAGAGAUGGAAGGUCUGGAAGCUGGCAUGUGGGCGAGAGACAUAGUAAAGCCGAAAGACGGCAAGUUCUGGUUCAGGGACCGCAACAUCCAACUGAAACUGGGCGACAAAGUCUACUUCUGGACUUACGCGAUCAAGGAUGGGCUGGGCUACCGGCAGGAUAAUGGAGAAUGGACUGUCACUGAAUUCGUGAACGAAAAGGGCGAGAGGGUUGACGUCGCCAACCCACCUGACCCUACAACAACGCAACGGCCACAGAGCCCUCCUCAAGGCCCAUCUCAACCCCCUACAUGGAAUCCUCCUCCUCCAACACAAUCUGUUUGUCCAAAAUCCGUGACUGUGGUGCAAGGACGCAACACAGUCUGUAUAAAUGAGCUGAUCUUCAGCGAAGAGUUUGACAAGUCUUCUAUUAAAGACCUCAACAACUGGGACGAAGAAAUCAGGUUCCCGCUUCAGCCUGACUACCCAUUCAACGUAUACAUGUCAGAUGGCACCUUGAAAUUGGAAAAUGGACGACUUUCUAUCACUCCUGUGCUGCUAGAAUCACAUUUCCAUGAGGGCUUCGUCACCGAAUCUUUGAACUUAAACAGAUGUACUGGUACCUUAGAGACGAUCGAGUGCAAGCAGGUAGCAAAUGGUGCCCAAAUUCUGCCACCAGUCAUGACCGGGAAGAUCACCACCCGCAACCGGUUCAACUUCAAGUUCGGACGAGUGGAGAUCAGGGCUAAGCUGCCUGCUGGAAACUGGCUUAUACCUGAACUGAACUUGGAGCCUCAUGACAACAUCUACGGCUCCCGCCGCUACGAGUCUGGGCUGAUGCGGGUAGCCUUCGCUAAAGGAAACCCGGAAUACGCCAAGAAACUCUUCGGAGGACCAGUUCUUUCGGACUCCGAACCUUACAGAUCGUUGUUGAUGAAGGAAAAGAUUGGCAUAGACAACUGGAAUAAGGAUUUCCACAAUUACACCCUAAUUUGGAAACCAGACGGCAUCGAUCUAUUCGUCGACGGCAGCCAGUACGGGAGCGUUCGCCCGGGAGAUGGCUUCGCCGCCAGCGGGCGGGAAAACCUCGUGCCCCAUGCCGGGCUCUGGACCAAAGGAACCAUAAUGGCGCCGCUUGAUGAAAUGUUCUACAUCGCCAUUGGCCUUCGCGUAGGAGGCAUUCACGACUUCCCCGACAGUCCAGAGAAGCCCUGGGGGAACCGAGCCGCCAAAGGCAAACUGGACUUCUGGGAAAGCCGCGACACUUGGCAGCCAUCUUGGUACGACGCCAGCAUGCUGGUAGACUCCGUCAAGUCCAAAAUGUUAGGAUCAAAAAUUAUUUCAGUGGUGCUUUUGUUAGGUUUAGAAUCUGUGUUGUGUCGAGUUGAUGUGCCGCCUGCAAAGCUUGAAGCCAUCUACCCUAAAGGACUUAGGGUUUCUAUACCAGACAAUGGCUUCUCACUCUUCGCUUUCCACGGCAAGCUCAACGAAGAAAUGGACGGUCUGGAAGCUGGCUUCUGGUCCCGGGACAUCACCAAGGUGAAGGACGGUCGGUGGACCUUCAGGGACAGGAACGCCGAGCUGAAGAUAGGGGACAAGGUCUACUUCUGGACGUACGUCAUCAAAGAUGGCCUAGGAUACAGACAGGAUAAUGGAGAAUGGACUGUCACAGGCUACGUCGACGAGCAAGGAAACCCUGUAGACGCUACCGGGUCACCUGCACCUAACUCUGGCCCGCAGAAACCAAAUUCUGGGUCAUUUCCUUCAUCAACAGCACCAACCUUGAGUGGGAAUCUUCCUUGCGAAGUCUCAUUGUCCAAGGUCUCCGUGCCAGGCUUUGUGUGUAAGGGCCAGCUGAUCUUUGAAGACAACUUCAACGGGCCUCUCAGUAAAGGGAAAAUUUGGACGGAAGAGAUCUUGUUCCCAGGUGAACCGGACUACCCGUUCAACGUUUAUCUCAACGACAGAAACUUGCGAGUGAGAGACGGCAAGCUGAUGAUCAAGCCUGUCACCCUUGAAUCCAAGUUUGGGGAAGACUACAUCAGGCAAUCCUUGGACCUGACCACAAGAUGUACCGGCGCCGUCGGCACGCAGGAGUGCGUCCAAGAGGCUUCUGGACCCUUCAUCCUUCGCCCCAUCAUCACCGCGAAAGUCACCACAAGGAACAAGUUCAGCUUCAAGUACGGCCGAGUGGAGGUCCGCGCCAAGAUGCCCGUUGGAGACUGGCUGGUGCCAAUCAUUCAACUGGAGCCCCUGGCCCAAGUGUAUGGAGUCAAGAACUACGCGUCGGGCAUCCUCCGCAUAGCCUGCGCUAAGGGCAACCCUGAGUACUCCAGGAAGCUCGUCGGUGGACCCAUCAUGUGUGGCAAUGAGCCUUACAGGAGUACUCACCUGAAGGAGAAGGUCGGCUACGAGCAAUGGGCUAAAGAUUUCCACAACUACACCCUUGAAUGGAGACCCGACGGUAUCUCUCUCCUGGUGGACGGUGAGAAGUAUGGCGAGGUGACUCCAGGAGCUGGGUUCUUCGAAGACGCGAAGAAGCAUGACGUAGCGGCCGCCUCGCAGUGGCUGAAGGGUACAGCCAUGGCACCUUUUGACGAAAUGUUCUACAUUUCCAUCGGCCUCAACGUGGGUGGUUUGAACGAGUUCCCCGACGGUGACUCCAAGCCGUGGUACGACAAGUCCUCGAAGGCCAUGCUGAGGUUCUGGGAGGCGCGCGAGCAGUGGUUCGGCACGUGGUUCCCGGACACCAACCAACUCCAAGUGGAAUACGUUAAGGUCUACGCGUUGUAAAGAUGCUUGCGUCGCUACUCGAACGAACUGUAUGAACUGAAUAAAUAGUUAAGUUACCUACAUAACUAAGUACAUAGUUUAAUAAAAAAAACAGAUGUUUUA